GAAAUGUGGCUGCGAUCCCACUUCCACCCUUCUCCUCCGCAGCGUCGUGCGCGAACGUGUGAAAUCCUCGUCCCGACCCUGUCCUUCCUCUCCCAACCUUUGCCGUCCUCCUGCCUCCUCGUCGCGCACGCGCACGCGCACGCUCACCUCGCCGGCGGCCUGCCGGGUUGUCGCGCGCGCCCUUCUCUCGCCUCCCCGUUCUUUCCUCACGCCAACCGUCAAGCAAACCCUGGUCGCCCGACCGCCGAGCACAUCUUGAGGGGGUCCUUUAACUGAAGGGCCUCACCUCGAAUUCUCUUCUGCUUGCUGGUCGCCCUCCUCCGCGUCCCCUUUGCUUUGCUGGUACAGGACUGGCGUGGAGCGCAGAUCCGUCCGGAAAGGGAUCCGGACUUCGAUUGGAUUCUCCUUUUGUUGGUUUAUUAUUAUUUCCAGUUUAUUAUCUACUUUGUAGUGGGCAACAAUGUCAGCUUCAACUGCUGCAAUUCCGACUGCGAACACAAAUGGAAACCAUGCAUUAAGUUUGGACUCACAUUCCAGCCAAGAUGCUAGGCGGCGAACAGUUGUUGUUGCAAAGAAGAAAGCCACACCUGAACUUCUUGCUGAGGGUGGAAGCAAUGCGGUCUCAGAAGAUAAGAUUGCUAGCAAGAAGGAUCUUAUUCAUACUAUCCGUGGAGAGUCAGUUCUUGACAAGUCAAAAUAUUCAACUGAGGCAAGAAAAAAUGUUGCUUCUGGAGCUGCUGCUGAACGUCAUCAGAAAGGUGCUACUAAACAAGAAAAAACCAAGUGGGAAACUGCCUUAAGUGUGCUGGUGAAGCUUUGCCUUCUUAUUUCAGCUAUUGCUUGGAUGGGGCAGUUCUUCUGGAGAUGGAAAAAUGGUGAAUUGUCAUUUACAGCACUAGAUAUGGAGAGCAGGCUAUCCAAGGUGGAAGGGUUCAAGAAGACAACCAAGAUGCUUCAGGUACAGCUGGACAUUUUAGAUAAGAAGCUAGGAAAUGAGAUUGAAAAAACAAAAAGGGAUAUCACUGAACAAUUUGAAAACAAGGGUAAUAAGUUAGAGACAAAGAUGAAGACAUUGGAAGUCAAGACUGACGAAUUGGAUAAGUCUCUAGCUGAGCUGAGGGACAUGGGUUUUGUUUCUAAGAAAGAAUUCGAGGAAAUUCUGACUCAGUUGAAGAAAAAGAAGGGUUUGGAUGGUACUGACGAUGACAUAAGUUUGGACGACCUAAGGCUAUAUGCCAAGGAGAUAGUUGAGAUUGAGAUAGCAAGGCAUUCAGCGGAUGGCCUUGGAAUGGUGGAUUAUGCACUAGGAUCUGGUGGGGCUAAAGUGGUAAGCCAUUCAGAACCUUUCCAGAAUGGCAAGGCCUUAUUCCCUGGUCGCAGUGGCGUGCAUGCAACAGCUCAAAAGAUGCUGGAGCCAAGUUUUGGGCAGCCAGGAGAGUGUUUUGCAUUGAAAGGAAGUAGUGGGUUUGUGAAUAUCAAGCUAAGAACAGGAAUAAUCCCUGAGGCGGUCACUCUAGAGCAUGUUGACAAGAGUGUGGCCUACGACCGAUCUAGUGCUCCAAAGUAUUUCAAGUUCCAUGGAUGGUACCAAGGAUUAUCGGAUGAUUCAGAUAAGAAUUUAAAUUCGAUGGCAACUUUAGGGGAGUUCUCUUAUGACCUUGAGAAGAGCAAUGCCCAGACCUUCCAACUAGAGAGAACCACCGAUUCACGGGUUGUCAACAUGGUUCAGUUUGACUUCUCCUCAAACCACGGUAACUCGGAGCUUACAUGCAUCUAUCGCAUCAGGGUGCAUGGUAGUGAGCCUGGCUCCCUCAGUAUUGCAGCAUGAAGCCCUGAUCUGAGAGUUGCUGCAUGCCUGAGCUUCACAAGAUUCUUGCAGCCUUUUUGCCCAUGUGAGCUUUCUUUAGCAUUCAGCACUUCAUGCGCCUGCCACAGUUCUUGGGCAACUAUAUUAAUUGUGGAAAGAAUGCCAGGGUGUAGCGCAAGGGAAGGUUUGGCUCGUUACAAAUGACCAGCCUAAAUUGCUAUGGUUGAUUUUAGUCUGUAGUGUAGGAUCCUGACUCGCUAUGAUUGUGUUGUAACUGUUGUCAAUACUGUAAUGUUGAAGUAAGAUUAUCCAUGGGUGUGUCUGCAUGGUGGCAGGUUUGGUUUAAGGCAUCCGUAUAAUACUAUUACAACAUCUUUUAUAAUACUA